AAUACCUUAAAGCAUUGCUGAAGCUUACCACGUGUCUAAAGCUCUGUUUUGGCGGUAAAAUUUGUGAUCGCGUGACUUUCGGCAGCUUCUAUGUAAUGACGUGAGUAACUUUAAUUCGUAUUUGAAAUAUAAAAAUAUGAAGGACAUUAAGGACGUUGGAUUAAUGUGGAUUUUUAUGCUGCAAGCACAUUUCGCAUAUGGAAUUUAUUUCACAAUGUCCGAUAUAAAAUUGACGAUUUCUUCAGCCAUAGGAAAUUCGAUGGAACGUAUUCAUGAUCACCCUAUAUUCAAUCUGAGUUCCAUAACAGUCGACUGGAAUAAGCAAAGCCGUUUAAUUUAUAGUCUCAUUUCCGUAACUGAAAUUGAUGCGUAUAUUAGAAUCAACGAAUCUACCGGAGGGAUUUUUCUUAAUCCAACAUUUUUUCACAAACUUCACAAUAUAGAUAAAAUUCCGAUAGCGGUAACUGUGGAGGACACUAUUAACUACGAUUCAGAUAAUAUGACGUUGGAAUUGGAUAUAUCGCCUUUCAAAGAAUUUGAUUGUAAUAAAUACGUGAAAGAAAUAUGUUUUUGGGAACAAGCGACUUAUAAGAUAGAAAGAAAACAUGUUGGGGUUCCAGUAGGACCAUUGUCUUCCCUUCGUUUACAGGAAAUGUGUCCUUAUACCGUUAAUUAUACCACAAAAGGAGACGCCCUCGUGCAACUUAUACCACCUACUGCUGACGCCAACUAUUGGUCAGUAGCGUUUUCAGGAAGAACUAGAAAAAACAAAAAUUAUAUAAAAUCUCGAGUGAGUUGUACAGUAGAAACUGUUGCUGGAUUGGAGAAGGGAACCAUUCGAACAAUAUCUAAAGAAAUUGAAAUUUCAUUAUUGGAUAUUGAUAGAUAUCCUCCCAGACCGCAACGAACCAACAUAACCAUUGAACUUUAUAAGAAAAGUUUCUUAAAGGGUGAAAUAAUUGAUGAUGGUCGUUUAAUAUUUAUGGAUGAUGAUCCAGAAAAUGUGAAUAACUAUGAAGCACGCAUAGAGCACGGAAAUGGUAAACAAUUCAUCACCCCAAUUUGUCAAAAAGAAGAGUUCACUCCACAAAAUACGUAUAUACAUUGUAGGCUACAGCUGGAAGAAAAUAUAACUUUCAGUUCGUCUAGGUAUUCAUUUAAGGUAGUUUUGAAUGAUACUUCGUUGAAGAAUAAAAAGAUAAAAUCUACAGCUGAAUUUCCGAUUGACUUUGUUUUCAAAAACAAACCGCAGUCACUAACAUUGCUUAAAUUGUAUCCAAGCCAAGCGAAAAUUUUCAGAACUGCCGCACCAUUAGCAAGAGUAAGUCAACCAACAGUUAUACAUAAUUGUACAAAUUUCACCUUUAAAGUUGAUUCGAAAUUCAGGGGUAUCUUUAACGUGACGAAAACUGAAGGAAUCGUUUAUGUGAAUGAUUUUUCUAAAUUAAGACAAGUGAAAACGCAAUCAAUAAGUUUAAAUAUUUCUUGGAUAAACGGAAACAAGCAAGAACAGGAUGAGAUUACGAUACGAAUAAUUAAUGAGCCCAAUCAAACUUGUACCGGUAUGAAUCACUUCAAUAAUUGGACAUAUUGCUCUGAAAUUGAUAAUAUUGAGGACUGUCUUCGAUCAGAUUCAUGUGCAUUGGGUACUGGCGGAUAUGCUAGCGUCGAAACAAGGAAAGCCCCAGAACGUUGUAUGUGGAGAGGUGACGAGGUGCCCACCGAAAAAAGUCAUCUGUAUUCAACAUGUACUCCAGAUAUAAAAACUUGUCCUGAUGGCAUAUGCGAUUCAUUAGAACAAUUGAGGUCCAUGAUAUGCCCGCAGGAUUGUGUAGGAACUGUUACAAUUCCGCUUCGUUUAGGCAAAAGUGGACGUGGUGUGGACGAAGCAGCAGGAAUUGUAUACUGCAGUACACUUUCGUGUAGUGUGCAUCUUCCGGGUAAAUACAAUCGUAAACAACAUCGAACAGAUGAGAAAGGAAAUAAAAUCGAGAGGGACAAACAGAAACAGAAACAUAUUAAAAGUUCCGAUUCUGUUCAUACAAAUAGUAUCAAACAGAAUAUUACACUGUCUGCAAUAGUGAACCCCAAAUGUGGUUUUACAUGCAUAGCCGGUAUAGUAGCAGGUUCGUUAUUCUUCAUAUGCUCAACAAUCUUGAUAAUAGUUUGUUGGCGUGUGAGGAAAACUAGGAAGUCAACACGACACUUGAAUGAAAAAGAUAGCCAGGAAUUGACAGCUCCUCUUUCCCUUUCUGGAACAAGAAAUGACGCAGGACAACCCUUAGCGUUCAAUUUUCAAUUAACUACAAUAACUAACGAUACGACGUUUAUAAAUACCGUUAUGAAUAAGUAUUCGCCGGAUCCCAAAUGGGAAUUUCCCAGAUCGCAGCUUAUCAUCGAGCAGACUUUGGGAGAAGGAGAAUUCGGCAAAGUUCUGAGAGCAAAAGCAUUGAAUAUCGCCGGAAGACCAGGGUACACCACAGUAGCUGUGAAAACUUUGAAAAACGAUGCAAGAGAAUCCGAACUUAGUGACCUAUUGUCGGAAUAUCAACUCCUCAAAGAAGUCUCACAUCCUAACGUAAUACGUUUACUCGGAGUAUGCACUGCAGCUGGAGGACCAGUCUACCUCAUAAUAGAAUAUGCAGAAUUCGGUUCAUUAAGAAAUUAUUUGAGGAGAACAAGACACGUUCAAAACAACUCGACUUCAUCUUUAUCAUUACAAAAAGAGAGCCCCGCUUGCCAUUACGACGAGCCCAAAAUAAGUAAUGUAACAUCAAAAGAUCUGUUAUCUUUCGCUUGGCAAAUAUGUAAUGGAAUGGCUUUUCUAACCGAUAUGAAAUUGGUUCAUCGAGAUCUAGCUGCAAGAAAUGUACUAUUGGCUGAAGAUAAAGUGUGUAAAAUAUCAGAUUUUGGUUUAACAAGAGACGUUUACGAAGAUAACGCAUAUUUGAAACGAAGCAAAGGCCGAGUUCCUGUGAAAUGGAUGGCACCGGAAUCUCUCGCAGAUCAUAUAUACACAUCAAAAUCAGAUGUCUGGAGUUUCGGUAUAUUGAUAUGGGAACUAGUAACUCUGGGAGCGACACCUUAUCCUGGUAUUGCUGUUCAGAAUUUGUUCCAUCUCCUUCGUCAAGGUUAUCGAAUGGAACGACCAGAUAAUUGUUCUCCUGCUCUAUAUAAGGUGAUGAGGAAAUGUUGGCAUAUAGAUCCUGAUCAAAGACCUUCUUUUCACGAGCUGAGCAAAUGGUUUGAGAAGCUACUAGAGGACAAAAUGGAAUAUAUAAAUCUUUCAAAUAAUGCAAUAUACAAUAGAGGGUACUUCAUUUCCCCAUUUGAAGAAGAUGAAGAUAAUAACUUCGAUGAAGACGAUUCGUCGGAUAUAAGUCCCUUGAACCUUCUAUCGAGAACUCAGUCUCUAGAAAAAUGCGAAAUAAGAGAGAAAAUAUUGAAUGAUGAAUUGGAAAAAAUGACUGAUGAUAAGAUAUCAAAUACUCAAGGCUACGAAACUCCAGUUAAAAUACCGAGACGGGUGAAAACUCCUAGCAAUGAAGAUCCCCAAGAGUAUACCGAGAUGGGAGGAAAAUGAUGAAUUGCAAUAUAAAUUAUGUGUACAGGAUGUAAUUACCCCGUUAGAAUUUGAAGAAAUGUUUCAAGUUAUUCGAAUGGGAAUUGGAAUAUUGCUUCUAAUAAUAAAGAGAAAUAUAGAAUAGAUUUAUAAAAAUUAUAUUUUUAAUAUUAUUGUGGAAUUUUGUUCAUUGAAUUUCAAUAUAAAAAUUUAUCACUUUCUCUUCUAUAUAAGCCUGCAAGAAAUUUUUUAUUCAGUAUUUGUCAUGUUAACCCAUUAAUGCCUAAAAAAUUUAUUUUCUCAAAAUGGUUUUGAAUAAAUACAAAAAAUGAUAAUAAAAAUUUGAUCAUCAAUAUUAAGUAACUAAAAUUACUUCUGGUUAUUUAAACCAAGCAACAUCGGCUCAAUAAUUUUACUAUUUAGGAUUAAAUAAAAUGAUACCGCUACUUGUUACUGUCAACGUUUCAAAUACGAAGCGGAAAUCCGACGAGAAUUUUGGUACGAAGGAUGCGGUUACUUUAAUAUGUUCCUGUUCAAAGGAUUCAUGUUGAUACCGUUUUUGUUCGAACUUAGAACUUGUAUGGAUCAGAUGUGGACUGAAACUUCGAUGACCAUAUUCGAUUGGACCAAAUUGGAAGACAUUUUUCCUCUUAAAAUGUUCGAGACACUUCGAAGACGAAUAUAUUCAACCGAGAGCUCAGGAAAAAAAUCGAACUCUUAAAUAUUUGAUGAGAGUUGCUCUAUUAACCGACAUUAUUGGUAUCGUAUGGUUCCCGUUGGUAUUUUUUUCGUUAUGUGACGCCGUUGGUAAUCCGAAUCCACCUGCUGACUUUUCGUUGGAAAUUCGAAUAAGACCUUACGAUCCAAUUUACCAAAUUACUGUUCAAUCGAAUUCCAUUAUUCAGCUCACUCCAUAAGAACCUGAAGACAUUAAAGAUCUUUAUUAAAUCUAUCAAGUAUCCAAAAAUUUAAUUUUUAACUACGAAGCGGCUGAUAUUAUCGCCAUUAGACUGAAGACUGAUGAUGAAAGAAGUCAAUUCCACCAAGAUUCUCCAAAUUGGAUUAGAAUAUAAAAUAACACAUAGGACAAGUAAGGCUGAAGAUUUGGGAUUGGUAACGUUUUCAAAAGAAAUAACUGUGCAACCAGGCACAAAAUCUAUUAACAUAUCUCGAUGGUAAAGAAGCUGAACGUGGACCCUAUUAGCGUCCUCUUAUUGGAGAAAUUAGUGGUUGAAGCGACCACCUUUAGUAAUGUUCAGGUUACGAACAUGCAUGUUAUAAAGUGAAUGAAAUUUGUCACAAUUACGAGCACAUUCUUAUUUCCUACCACGAUUGUAAGGAUUCCAUCCUUUUGUAUGCCUUCAACAACAAAGUUUUCCCGCCAACAUUAGAUAUAAUCACCUCGGGAGGUAUCACAGGUUUGUAUACGACACUUGUACUGGUGGCAUCGUAUCCUUAGAGACUUCUUCGCCGACGGCAUGUCAAAGAUAAUGUUUGAAGAUUAACCUAACGUCGAUCGUGUUCUCAGAUUGUGUCUAGACGUCUAACUAGUUCGGGAAGUACAGGAAUUUGCUCUCGAAGAAGAUAUAUUCGCUGAAUAGUUUUUAUUAAUCAGAAAUGUUAUUAUAAAAUUAUUAAUCCACAGUUUGAAUUACAAACUAAAUUUUUUAUUGAUAUAUUUUCAACAUGUUUUUGCUUUUAAUGUCAACAAUCCAUAUUUUAUGGUGGUACUCAAAAUAAAUUUCAUAUGUAGAUUCCUCUAUCACAAUGAGAUAAAAUAAUAACCAUUUUUUGGACCUUAUUCCGGAAAAAUCUAUUCCUAUCUCGCGGAUUACGGGGCCCCAUGAAGACAAUUUGUCAAAAACUAUAACGAUAUUAUAGUUUUUUAUAAUUAUAGAACUCAUUUUCUAUAAAAUAAAAUAGUGAAAAGAUUAGAAAUUAAAAUCGACUCGACUUUGUAGUAUUUUUGCUAAGAGAACAGAAGAAAAAUAAAAAUAAUCCGUUUAUGAUUUUCUGGAAAAAAGUGGAAGUGGAAGAAAAUGUCUCAAUAAAUUUAUCAUAUUAAUAAAUAUAUUUUUCACAUCUUUUCAUUGAAUUUGAAAUAUAGAUAAUGAAGGAAUAGCAAAAUACAAAAAUAAUGUUUUCCUUUCCAGUUUUUCCUGUGAAAAGUUACAACAAUAGACCACUCGAGUGACUAGCAGCAGUUUUAGUUGAAUAAAAAUUUUACCAUGAUAUUUUCAAUUUCUCAAAUUGCUUUUAAUCUCAUAUUUUCACCAUAGUAAAAUAAAAUCCAUGAAACGUUUAAAUCUAAUAUGUAAAUAAUAGCUCUCUUAGAAAGAAAAUAUCUCAUGUUCUUCCACAAUGAAGUCAAGCAGGUAACGAUAUUUACUUAUAUAUGUUAUGAUAUUUUUUAACAUCAAAAGUACAUCUAAAAUAAAUCUAAAUCAACAUGCAUUUAGUAUUGACGAGUCACUAAUGAGUGAAUCACCAUUGAAGCUGACAAAUUUCUUGUUAAUUUCGUCAGAUUACAUUUGAUAUUCAUAUAAAAUUCAAUCGUAUUUUGAUAUGUUUGAUAUUGUUGAAGUACUUUGUGCUUUUUCAAAAACUAACUAUUCAGUAAAUAGACAGCUAUGUGAUGAUAAUUAUUGAACUUGUACAUGAUUCAAACCAAAAGUUACUUAAAUAACUAUAAAUGGACUACCUGAGAACACAAUCAAUAAUUUUGAAUUUUUGUAAUCAUUUUCCAUUAAUUGUGUAUUAUUGUACUAUCUGUUGUUGGAUAAAUAAUUGUACAUUAAUUAUUUUGUAUAGUAACUAAUUAUAUGAAAAAGUAUUCAAUAAAAUUACUCACAAGA